AUGAUUCUACGAGCAGUUACAUCCUUAGUUGAGCGAAAGGAUCAGAACACUGAUCUUUCAUUUUUAGAUAUUGCUUUUUUAACUUUUGAAGCGGUUCUAGAGGUUGUGAUUAUUUGCGUUGCUGGGUUUAUAUCGGCUAAGCUGGGAUUGUUGAAUACCCAAAACCAAAAGGUUAUAUCUCAGCUUAAUGUUGACCUUUUUACACCAUGCUUGGUGUUCUCCAAGCUAGCUUCGUCAUUGUCAUUUCAAAAGAUGAUCGACAUCAUUAUUAUACCUGUCUUUUUCUGUAUGUUGACCGGUGUUUCAUAUUUGAGUUCAAAGAUUGUCAACAACUUUUUUCAUUUGAAUAACCCAGAGCUGGAUUUUGUUACUGCUAUGUCAGUGUUUAGCAAUUCAAAUUCAUUACCAGUCUCUCUCACCUUAUCAUUAGCAUACACAUUACCUGAUUUGUUAUGGGAAGAUAUCGAUGAUGACAAUUCCGACAGAGUAGCUUCAAGAGGAAUUCUUUAUUUACUAAUCUUCCAACAGUUGGGCCAAGUACUAAGAUGGUCUUGGGGUUAUAAUACAUUGUUAAGAAGGAGAUCGCCAGAAGAAUUAACUUUGUAUAGCACAAAAAGCUACGAUGAAGAUGAAGCUAGGAGUUUGUUAAUAGAUUCUCAACCAAAUUCUCCAACUGAAGUUACAUCGGAUAACAGUUAUUUCGACGAAGAAAUAGAGAGAGUGAUAGAAAGAGACAAUGAAGAUAACCACUCUAUCAAAAGUUUCAGCUCACCAGUGGCUGUUCAAAGUUAUGGGGUAUCUCAAUAUUGGAUUUCAUUCAAAAACUCUUCUGUUGUCCAAAGCUUCCUCAAAUUUAUGAAUCCUCCUUUAUAUGCAAUGUUGAUAUCUGUUAUUGUUGCUUCGAUUCCUUUUCUCCAAGACCAAAUGUUCAACAAGAAGGACUCUUUUGUCAAUGCUACAUUAACAGCAUCCAUCACGCAAUUAGGGUCUGUAUCAAUUCCAUUAAUUUUGAUUGUCUUGGGCUCGAAUUUAUAUCCAUCAAAGGAUGUUCCGUCUGCGUCCAAACAUUACAAUAGAAUUGUUGCAGCUUCAGUGCUAUCAAGAAUGAUAUUGCCAUCAUUUGUUAUGCUUCCAUUCAUCUCACUUUGUGUCAAGUUCAUUAAGAUAUCUAUUCUAGAUGAUCCUAUAUUUUUGAUAGUCGCUUUUAUCUUAACAAUAUCCCCACCUGCUAUUCAAUUGUCGCAAAUUACCCAGAUAAAUGGAAUUUAUCAAAAGGAGAUGGGGGGAGUCUUAUUUUGGGGUUACGUAAUUUUGACAUUGCCAACCACUAUCUUUAUUGUAGUGACUAGUUUGGAAGUAAUAAAAUGGGCUAAAUAG